AACAUGUUCACACUUGCCAAAGUAUCCUCUGAGUGAAGUUGCACAAGGACACUUUUAUAUUUAAUGCUCUUCUCAAUUUCACAGUAAUCAACCUGUUUUGUUCUGCUUGGUUUCAACCUGGUGACUGAUAACAUGCCUUAUUCUGCAACGCACACAGCUACAAGAUGAUCGUCAGGCUUCUUACGACCUGAGAUUUUGGAAUAUGACAUCCAGAGUGGAUUCAGAAGAAAUACAUUAACAAGUGUGAGGUAUGCAACAGAGAGUCGGCGGAAUGUGUCCCCAAACUGAUCUGGCAAGACGGUGCCUUGAGCUGUUUGAGGAGUUCAGUCUGCCGGAGAACUCGUGUGUCGGAGAUAGGGAAUGGAGAAAACUUCACUUGGCAGCCUGGAAUGGCAACACGCGGCUUGUAAAGCAACUGCUUCAGCAAGGAGAGACAGUGGAUGACAGAGACGAACUUGGUUGGACACCUUUGCACUGCUCAGCAACUAAUGGACAUUUGGCCACUGCAAAGCUGUUGAUUCAGAGAGGAGCAUUAAUCAGUGCUCAAGAUGACUCUGGGUGCACUCCUCUUCAUCAUGCCGCUUGGAAUGGUCACACACAUCUGACGGAGAUGCUUCUGCAACGUGGCACCAACGCCGGUGCAAAAAACAAAGCAGGCCUGACGCCUCUCCAUCUGGCAGCAGCAAAUGGACACACUCUCAUUACUCAACUACUGCUAAAGCAAGACAAAAACCCCUGUGUAGGAGAUAACAACAAAUGGAGUCCUCUCCAUUGGGCGACCGUGAGUAACCACCUCCAUAUCAUGGAACUGCUACAAGAACAUGGAGUCUCUUUGGAGUUGGAGGCUUCUGGAAAUGUCACUCCGUUGCAUAUUGCUGCCGAAACUGGGAAGCUAGAGGCUUUGAAUUAUCUAAUGGAAAAUGGGGCUGACGUGAAUGUCACAGACCAGUUGGGUCAGACAGCAUUAUCGAUGGCGGCCAGCAAUGGAAGCUUAGAGGUCAUCCAAGUUCUAUUGGGAAAAAAAGCCCAAAUUGAUGUGGCAGAUAAACAUGGACGUACAGCGUUACACAAAGCUGCAGGUGGAGGUCACCUUGGCGUUGUACAGCUGCUUGUCCAGAAUGGAGCUUCUCUAAAACAAAUGGAUAGCUUGGGUCUGACUCCAAUGCAAAGAGCGGCAAUGUUGGGACACAAUGCCAUAUCCCAAUAUUUACAGGACAUGGAACCAAUUGUAGAAAAUGGAAAUUGAAACAAGCAAAAACAACUUUUUUUUUAACUAAUGUAGACUGAUCACCUUCCUUACGUGACAUGUCAGGAUAUGGCAUCUGUGUAAGGUGACCUGGGUAUAAAUUAUAGUGCCAGAAAUUAAAAGCUACCUAUAUGUUGUGGCGGGAAAAAAAAUUGUUGUUUUUAUGACACUGAGUCAAUGUGACAUCAACAUGUAGCACUUGAUCUGUUUGAGCUAUUGCAAUAAAUAGUUAAAGGAACACUAUAGUGUCAGGAACUCAAGCAGGUAUUCCUGACACUAUAGUUCUAGAUGCACCAUUUAGGCCAACCUCCC